AUGUCUGCCCCUCUUGCGACUGGACCUCAAACACACGCUGGCUACGUACCGAUAAAGCUUGUAACUAAUGCGUUUGAGAUAACGCAGUUGCCUACCAAUAGGUAUUAUUCGUACGAUGUGUUCACCCCGGAAUGCCACAGUCGACACAAGAGGGUGCAGCUAAUGCAUCAUUUGCAAAUCACUGUUGCUCCGGACGUGUUCAAACGUCAUCUUCUGUUCGAUGGAAGGUCGCGUGUGUAUUCGGAUCGACUUCUUUCACUAGCUAACACUGGAAGCGGGAAUUACUUUGUUUGCCUGGGAAAGUCAGGAGAAGUUGAUCCAUCUGCAAAAGGGACAGUUCAGAUUCAUUUUACCUUGACCAACGGCGACGAGGUUGACGCUAGGCACGUCUAUGACCUUAUUCGCGAAAAUCGAUCCACUACAAGAGCGCUGGUCGCUACCAAUCUAAUCCAACUUAUCGUGCGGCAGUUUCCAAACAUGCACCACACCAACAACGGUCGGGCAUAUUUCGCUGGCAAUGACAAAUUCGACCUAGGUUGCAGUGGUUUGGAGCUUUGGAGAGGUGUUUUCCAGUCUGUACGGCCCACUAUUGGCAAAAUGAUUCUCAAUGUGGAUACGUGUACUGCGACUAUAUAUAAGAGCGGGUAUCUACCUCAUAUUUGCAUGGAUAAGCUUGGCACCAAAGACAUGCGCACUCUCGUUUUAAGAGAAACCGACUCAAAUUUCAAAAUAUUGGAGAAAUUCCUCAAGGGCGUAAGAAUAACGGUACGCACAGGAGCAAACAGAUCAGGAACACAGACAAUCCGUGGAUUAGUUCCAGCUGCCGGAGAUUUUCCGUUUCUGAAGGAUGGUUUUGAAAAUAUGACUGUUUCUAGCUAUUUCUUCCAAACCUACAACAUUUGUAUUCAGAACCCUCGAAUCAUCGGUGUACGCCUUACUUCCAGUAGGAAUCCGCGCAAGGAUGUCAUUCCUCUCGAGCUUUGCGACGUUCAACCCGGACAGUUUUUUAAGAGAAAACUGUCAGAUGAAAUGAUGGCCGACAUGAUGCAAUUCUCGACAAUGAUACCUCAAAAAAGGUUGAAGAAAAUCAAAGAUGCGGGGAAAGUAACUGUUGCGUCAGAAUUCGUUUUGCAAUCGGGAAUGAGAUUGGAAUCUGAACCUAUGCGACUCGACGCUAAACUACUACAUCAACCCCCAGUGGUUUUUGAUCGAAACUCACCCAAACUACAAUUCAAAGGUGGACAGUGGAACGCCCUCGAUCAACGCUUCACUGAGCCAAGAGAAAUUAAAUUUUGUAUGGUUGUCUCGUUCUCCGCGAGGUUCAAAGAGAGAGAAAUUAUGGAAAUGGUGGCCACCAAACCUAAAAGCCUCCUGGGAUCCUGUGCUAAAUUCGGCACGCAUAUCGGUGCCUUGCCUCACGUAGCGCCACCUGGUAACGGUUAUAAUGUUAAAGGGACCAUGGAAAAAGCCGUCGAGUCUUACUUUAAAAAAUCUGAGGAUAGGCUGCCCUCGACAACAGACAAGCGCGCAUACUUUUUGAGAAAGUUAAUAGCUAUUGUUAUCUUGCCUCUCAACGCAGGAGGGAUCAGGGAUCGUGUCAAACACUGGGGAGAUAUAACUCAAGGUGUUGCCACCCAAUGCAUUCGUGAAAAUAAACUCUUGCAUGCAAAAGAUCAGUAUUGGACCAAUGUUGCACUCAAGAUAAACGCUCGUCUUGGGGGUGUAAAUUUUUACAGCCCACUGGAUGCUUUUCAACCAUAUCGUUUCAUGAUUAUGGGCGCAGAUGUCGGGCAUUCGGGGCCUACUGUCAACAGGCCAUCAGUUACAGGAGUUGUGUACUCUCUCGAUAAUUCAGCGACCCAAUAUGCCGCCGUCACCGGAAUCCAAGCUUCUCGAGUUGAGCGAAUCAUGGACCUGAAGGAUUACGUACUUAAAGCUCUACGCACUUUCAUCCAUCGCAAUGACAAACCCCCGCGGCAUUUGAUAUUCUACAGGGACGGCAUAUCUGAAGGCGAAUUUAACACGGUGGCUCCGCUCGAAAUAGAGGACAUACGAUCAGCAUUUGCUCUGCUAUGGGUAGAGAAGAGAAAAACUCAGACGGACCAACCUUUCCCUUUGUUGACAUAUAUUGUUGUGGGAAAGCGAAAUGGCGAGGUUCGAAAUGCAUUUCCAGGCUCUUUAAUUGAUAGUGGGAUCACCCAUCCAUCGGUGCACGAUUUUUAUCUCCAAAGUCAUGCCGCAAUUCAAGGCACAUCGCGCUCCAGUCAUUAUACUGUUCUUGUCGAUGAAAAUUGGAAUUUCAACAUGCCAGAAAUCCACAAACUUUCAUAUAAAUUAUGCCAUAAUUAUGCGAGAGCUACUCGCUCGGUUUCAAUACCCGCCCCGGUAUAUUAUGCCGAUCUGGUCUGCUCUCGUGGCAUGUUUCACAUCAAUCCUGAUGAUAUGGACCUGCGGUUCGACGAUAAUCAGUCAAGUUCUAGCGGCACAAGUUCAUCCCAAUCUCCUAAAGUCAAUGUAUUUUCUCUGAGGAAUAUCUUCGAUAACACUCUUUUCCUUGUCGAUCAUACGACGAGGCAUAGGUACGGCGACACAAUCAUUCUAAGUCCCGCUGUUCUCACAUUGACCCCGAAGUCAACUAUUGAAAUAAUUGCAUAUAAAAAAUGGUAA